AGUCAUUUGCAUUCUGACCGUACGAUAAAUGUAGUUUCGUUUUAAAAUAACAAAUUGAAAUCAUAGAGAAUGAUUUUGUGGAGUGAUGCUGCGUUGAUAUUUGGAGGUUUUGUUAUACUCCUUUAUUUCUUCUUCAAACGCAAAUUCUCCUACUGGGCAGAACUUGGAGUACCUUAUGCUGAACCAAGUAUCCCUUGGGGAAAUAUCGGUCAAGUGGGAUCGAAGUUGCAUUCAACGGAGUUGUUCCAGGAGUUCUACAAAAGAUUCAAGGGAAAAGCCCCUUUCAUGGGAUUUUACGCUACAAUUGCCCCGCAAGUUCUUGUUAUAGAUCUGAAUCUUAUUCAGACAAUUCUAAUAAAGGAUUUCCACUACUUCCAUGAUCGGGCCCGGUACUACAACCUCAAGGAUGAUCCUAUAUCAGGAACUCUCUUCAAUAUUGACGGUGAGAAGUGGAGGACCCUAAGAGCUAAGAUCUCACCUACCUUUACCAGUGGGAAAAUGAAGAUGAUGCUUCCGACAGUGAUUGAUGUUGCUCAAAACUUCCAUAAAACUCUAUUUGAGAAAAUCGGUGAUAAAGCUGAGAUUGAAAUUAAAGAUUAUCUUUCGCGUUUCAGUACUGAUGUUAUAGGUUCUUGUGCAUUUGGACUUGAUUGCAAUAGCCUCAAGGAUCCCAAUGUAAAGUUCCGCAUUUACGGUGAUAAGGCUUUUGGAAUGAGUUGGUGGAAAAAUAUAAAAUUAAACUUUGCUCAAUCGUACAUGGAAUUGGCGCGAAAAUUGCACAUACUCUUAAUUGAUAAGGAUGUAUCCGAUUUUUACCGAGGUGUAGUUUUCGAUACUGUUAAGUAUCGAGAAGAAAAUGAGGUCAAACGAAGUGAUUUCUUGAACUUGUUGAUGCAGAUCAAGGAUCACGGAAACCUAGAUGGCAACACUGUCGACACUGAAGGCAAAUUGACUUUGGAUGAGAUUGCAGCAAUGUCUUUAGCAUUUUUCCUGGCGGGAUACGAGACAAGUUCAACUACAAUGACAUUUGCCUUAUACGAAAUGGCAAAACAUCCGGAAAUUCAGGAAAAAGCUCGGAGGAAUGUAGUCCAGACUCUUGCUAAACACAACGGAGAAAUAACCUAUGAGGCAGCUAUGCAGAUGACAUAUCUUGAUCAGGUUAUCAAUGAAACGUUGAGAAAAUAUCCGGCAGUGGGAAACUUAGCUCGUCGCAUCACUCAAGAUUAUCAAGUGCCUGGGACUAAGUUUGUUUUGAAGAAAUAUAUCAAUGUGAUUAUACCCGUCCAUGCAAUCCAGAAUGAUCCAGAUAUUUAUGAAAAUCCAGAUAAAUUUGAUCCAGAACGUUUUUCAGUGGAAAAUUCAAAAAAUCGUCACAGUGCUGCAUUUUUGCCAUUUGGGGAUGGUCCGAGGAAUUGCGUAGGCCUUCGUUUUGGUAUGAUGCAGGUUCGGGUUGGCUUGGCGACUGUUCUAAGGAGUUUCAAUAUAGGAACCUGCUCACGGACACCUGAUCCUAUAGUUCUGCAAAAGGAUAGUUUUACGAUGUCGCCUGAGGGAGGUAUGUGGCUAACGCUUAGGAGGGUUUCUGAAUAAAUAAAUGGAACUUCAUGAAAAACCUUAUUGGAAUAUUACACAUUUAUUCUAAUUUCUUUAAAUUUUUGUUCAUUUAAUUUUGUUGUGAGGAUUUAUUUUUAAGAUAAAAAGGAAUUUCUCUUUUCUCUUUUUAUCACAAAAUUAUACCGGACAAUAUCAUUAUACUGUCUUAUGGUUUUAUCUCAAAAUCAUUCUGAAUGAUGUAAGUUCUAAUGGAGCUCAAAUAAAUAACAUUCCAACUUUAAAAA